AUGACCUUUGAUGAAGGAGCAGACCAACACCAUCUUAUAGAGUGGUUAGAGGACUCCGUCUCCUUCCUCCCAACCUUCCUUGAAGAGCCAUGUGCUGUUGCCGAUGAGAUUUGCGGCUACGAAUGGCGGAAGGUGGGGAUCGAGAUCCGCGGUCAGGACGGAAACGAAGAGAUUGAGGAGAGCGAGUUACAAAGGAAGGUGGUUGUGCGGAAGAAGGCCAACGGGAAGGGCGGCGGGGCGAGCUCGAGCAAUGGAGGGGGCAAGGACGCGCGGUGGGCGGAGCAGCUGCUGAAUCCGUGUGCUGUCGCCAUCGAGGCCGCCAACUUCUCCCGCGUCCAGCACUUGUUCUACGUCCUCGACGAGCUCGCCUCGCUCUCCGGUGACGCCAACCACCGCGUCGCCUUUCAUGGCCUCCGCGCGCUUUCGUUCCGCCUCUUCUCCUCCGCCGCCGGAGCGAGCGCCCUUCGCCGUCCUCCCUCCGCCGCUGCCGCCACCGCCGUGCCCUGCUUCGCCACGACGGAGCCGAAGCUCUUCCGCUCGGCCCUGAUCAAGUUCCACGAGGUCAGCCCCUGGUUCACGCUCCCCAACGCCCUCGCCAACGCCGCCAUCCUCCAAACCCUAACCCUAGACCGGGCCCAAGCGCGGCCCCUCCACGUCGUUGACCUCGGGGUCUCGCACGGCGUCCAGUGGCCGACGCUUCUGGAAGCGCUCACCCGCCGCCCGGGCGGCGGGCCCCAGCCGCCGCUCGUCCGGCUCACCGUCGCCGGCGACUCCGCCCCGCCGGGGCCGUUCUCGAGGGCUCCGCCGGGGUACGACUUCUCCUCCCACCUCCUGCGCUACGCCAAGUCCAUCGACCUCAACCUGCGGAUCGACCGCGCGGGGUCGCUCGCGGGGCGCGACCUCGCCCUAGGCGCCGGGGAGACGCUCGUCGUGUGCGCCCAGUUCCGGCUUGGCCACGCCGGCCACGACGACCGGACGGCGAUCCUCCGAUCGGUGCGAGAGCUCAACCCGGACCUUGUGAUCCUCAGCGACCUCGACGGCGCCGAUUCCGCCGUCGCCGGGGGCGGAUCUCCGGGAGGGUUCGCGAGGGGCGCGGAGAUGUUGUGGAGGUUCUUGGACUCGACGAGCGCGGCGUUCAAGGGGAGGGAUUGCGGGGAGAGGAGGGUGGUGGAGGGGGAGGGGGCGAGGAAAGCUAAAAAGAUUUCAGCUAUUACACCAUUAAUCACUAACAAGUAG